GUUUUCGAGUAUGGCCCGCGAGACUAGCGCAAACCAGUAUCAAAGUACAGUCUCGGAAACAAUACAAUUACAACCUGCCUGGCACCCCUAGCGCUUUUAGCCCUGGUUGCUACCGACUCGACAAGCUGUUUCCUCUCCUACUGUUAGACAUCAAGUUCUGUGAAUGGCUGACACAGAGAGUGAAGCAAAAUCUGUCUCUGAUGAAGAAUUAGAGUUUCAUGAUGCCGAGGCUGGAGCCACGCCCCCCUCCUCACACACGCCAUCACCUACACUACAGAGUGGAGAGGUGGAUAUUGCCUCCGGCAUCAUUGCCAUAGAAACGGCGAUGGACAUGAUGAACAAGAACAUGUUCAAUGAGGCCAUACAGAUGCUGAAACCUCGGGCGGACACCUGUAUGUAUCACUCCAUGGCCUUCAGUAGUGUCAUGUUCCUCAAGGCUGGGUUCAGCAUGGAUGCAGAGACCAUUGAAAGUGCAACUGGAGAAUUAAACAAAACCAUCGCCCUUUGCAGCGCUCAACGUAGAAACGUGGGGAUCGUGAGCUCUCUCUCUAACUGGAUGUUCGGUAACUCUCGUAUGGACAACUUCUCCGCCCUAGAGCUACACGCUGAGAUCUACUAUGCCGAGGCUAACCUGUUGCUGUCUUUCCUCACAUUCGUACAGGACGAAAGCCUGAUGAGUUUUGUGAAGGGAGGGUUCAGAAUACGAUCAUGCUACUCUCUCUACAAACACCUGUACGAAUGGCUCAAGACAUGUGAGACAGAGAAGAUUAGCCUGGAGGCAAACUUCACCUCUGGUGUCAGAAUGGGAAUGGGCAGUUUCAACCUGUUCCUCUCACUCGUACCGGGUCGUAUCCUCAAAGUGCUCGAGUUUGUCGGUUUCUCAGGCAACAGAGAGUUGGGAAUGACAGAGCUGGAGAGAGGAGCAACCAGUGGUACCUUCAGAGCCCCAAUCUGCACAGCCUUCCUCCUCUUCUACCAUACAAUGCUCACUGUCACACUAGGAGUGGGUGAGGUGGACCCGGACUACGCUGAGGGACUAUUGAACCCUCAUCUGGAAAAAUACCCAAAGUCUGUCCAGUUUCUAUAUUUCAAGGGAAGGAUUUCUCUUCUACAUGGCGACAUUGACAAGGCUAUAGUGUGCUUCAAUGAAGCCAUUAACGUGCAAGCACAGUGGAAGCAGGUUCAUCACUUGUGCUGGUGGGAGCUUAUGUGGUGUUAUUGUGCUAAAAUGGACUGGGAGACGGCAGCCACAUAUGCUGACAUGCUGUACAAGCAGUCCAAGUGGUCCAAGGCAACGUUCCUGUACAUCACUGCCUGCUGUCAGAUCAUGCCGGGGGAGGGGGGACAAGCACCAGUGGACAGAGACGAGGUCAAGACAAUCAUGGGGGACAUACCAGCUCACAAACAGACAAUUGCGGGCAAAAAUCUACCAAUCGAAAAGUUUGCUAUUCUGAAGUCCGAACGAUUUAUAAAAGGGUCGAGACUGCCUCUGGCUAUACCCUUUGAAAUAAUGAUGAGCAAGGAAACGUGGAGCCAUAGAAACAGGAUUAAUGUUGACGCCCUACUAACUAAAGGAACACUGUUACAGUAUCUUGUUAUUACUCACUUAAAAGCUUUUAUGACUGUUUGAAACGUGGACUUCAUUUAAUCAAGACAACUUUUACAAUAGAGCCCAUGUACAUAUACGUAUCACUUUACAUGCAUUAUGUCUAAAAAAAAAAAUUUACACUUGGGGCUAACAGCAUUAGCUAGCCAGUUUGCUCACAUACUUUGAUUGUUUUAUACAGUUGAUUGAAAGUGGUUAGCCGUGGGCGUUAUCAAAGCAUAUUGCUGGACAGUUGGUUUGGAGGGAAUAUUUUGUGACAGGAAAGGGGUUAGACAGGCCUGUGGAGUAUAAUUGGUCUGCUGCUUUUGAAAAGGCCUUCUUUGUGUGAUUCCAGUGUCCAGUCUGGACACAUGUUUAUACAUUUUUAGCAUUCCUUUGGCCACUUGCUCUAAUUGUUUUGUGAUUAGUCUACAUUGUUUCAGCUUGAAGGGUUCUGUCACCACAAGUACAUGCACCCUACUUUGAUUAUAGCAGCCUUUUUUAAAAUUCUUUCUCCAAGAAGAGCGUGCCUUGUUUAUGGGACAGCACUAGUUGCUGCUGCCAGCUGGAUGUAAUAUAAUAAUCCCAGCCUGAAAUAUCAUCUGACAGAGUUGUCAGCUUGUAUUAUAGCUCAGUGUACAUUCUAGUAAGAAAUAUUCCUAAAGGUGAGAAGAUAUAUGAUAUUAAUAGUUCGAUACGAGUGUAAUAUCAGAACCCACUGUUGUGGUGCAAGGGGGCUCUAAUUUCAUCUAAAUUAGGCUUUAAAGAUCAAGUUGCCUCGCGUGGAUAUGUAUACCCCAAACAAGAGACGAUUGAUAGGAGAUUACUUUAUUGUCUGUCUGUCUGCGUAUGUGAAUGAAUACACUGUAUCCAAUGUUCC